AUGUGUGUUGAAUUAUUAAUUGUGAUCUCUGUUGAUGGUGUUGAAGCUGUUAUCCCCGUUGUUACUCAAGAUCAGGCGAAACAGAGUCGUAAAAUAAGGAAAUUAUUGUUGGAUAAGAAGAAAUCUAAUUUAGCUGGAUCUUCAUCAGGUUCUAUCAAUAAUAAUGUCCUAACCGAUGAUUCGAUAAUAAUUCCGUCUGUUUCGCGUAUUGUUACAAGAGAAGUAUCGGUUUUCUCAGAAGAUAACAGCGGAUUAAGGGAAUUAAUUUUGGAUAAUAAAAGAUCUCAUACGAGACCCAUCAUAUCAGACACCAAUAUAAAUUUACCGACUUCUUAUCCAUCCAAUUCAACUCCAAAGGUCAUUGCUAAUGUUACGACAACCCGACCAUUCAGGCCACGAACUGUUAUUCCCAUUGUUAGUCAAGAUGAGGCAAAACAAAGUCGGAAAAUAAGGAAAUUAUUAUUGGAUAACAAGAGGUGUAAAUUACAUGGAUGUCCAUCAGAAGAUGUCAGUAAUAAUGCCACAACAAAUGAUUUGAUAACAACUCAUGAUAACAGCCGAUUAAGGGUAGAUAUUUUGGAUAGUAAAAGAUCUGAUACGAGACACAUCAUAUCAUUCACUAAUAUAAAUUUACCGCCUUCUUCUCCAACCGAGUCAAUUCCAAAUGUCAUCUCUAAUGUUACAGAAACCACACCAUUGAUGCCAACAAGUAAUGUUAGUUGUAUUACUAACAAUGUCACUCAACCAACAAACUGUACUCCACGUCAUAUUUCUUUUAACCUGACAUCAUUCACCGGCACCUCCACUAUGCUUCAAAAUUCAUCUUUGGAAAGGUUGUCAUCCGGAAAACGAAAGUUAAUUAGCACACCACGAAUUACAUCUCCAAUACCAAUUAUGGAUUUCAAUACAGAGGAAAUUGUAGAUCAAGAUCCGUUCAAGGGUCUCUCAAAAGAUUAUUUGGAUCAUGGUGACCAAUGCGUCACCUGUGAAGUAUGUAAUGCAAAGUUAUGGGAUGCAGAAAAAGGAAGAGGAAGAAGAAAGGAUGGGAAAAUGUGUUAUUUCUUAUGUUGUUCUUACGGCAUAGUAGAGCUUCCAGAUUACAAAGAUGCCAGAGGAAGUUAUCGUAUCCUAUUUAGUAAAAAAAAAAAUAAUGAAAGCAAGCAUUUUUUGAAGAAUAUUCGCCGUUACAAUUCCAUGUUUGCAUUUACUUCAAUGGGUGGUAAGGUUGAUUCAACGGUUAAUAGAGGCAAUGCUCCUUUUUGCUUUAGAAUUAGUGGAGAAAAUUACCAUUCAAUCGGAAGUCUUAUGCCAAACAACGGAGCGCAACCAAAAUUUUGCCAACUAUACAUAUAUGAAACUGAGAACGAACUUACAAACAGUCGUUCAGAGGAUUCAUCGUCUUCUUAUUCUGCUACUCUUGAUCGUAAGUUAAUAGAACAUAUAAAAGAUGUUUUAGAUAACGACAAUGAGUUGGUCAAAACUUACAGAAGAGCUAGGGAUUCUCUUCAAGACAGCCCUCAUGUAAAUUUGAAGCUUCGCCUAAUCGGAACAAGAGAAAAAGAUGGUCGGAGGUAUAACUUACCAACGGCGGGUGAGAUUGCCGCUCUCAUUGUUGGAGAUAUAGAAAAUGUAAUUGACAAUAGAGAUAUUGUUGUUGAGACUCAAACUGGUACACUGAAGAGAAUUAGUGAGUUGCACCCGUCAUAUCUCGCACUACAGUAUCCGAUUUUGUUUCCAUACGGAGAUGAUGGCUACCGAAUUGAUAUCCCUCACAGAGGUGUCAUUGAUGUUGUUAAUAAGAAACGUCCAAAUUGUACUAUGAGAGAGUUCUUUGCUUAUCGUAUGCAGGAUCGGAUAAAUCAGUUUUCGUUAAUCUUGAAUUCUAGGAGGUUAUUCCAGCAGUUCUUGGUUGAUGCUUAUACUAUGAUAGAAAAUGAGAGACUUAGCUAUAUACGAUAUCAACAGAAAGAUCUUAGGUCUGACACAUAUGAAAGCCUCCGUAAAUUAAAAACACAUGGUCAAGAUGAUAUAUCUAAGGCUGGAAAACGUAUCUUCUUGCCAUCCUCUUUUACUGGUGGAGCACGAUAUAUGAUGCAAAACUAUUUAGACGCUAUGGCUCUGUGUAAAUGCUUUGGUUAUCCGGAUUUUUUUAUAACCAUAACAUGCAAUCCCAAAUGGCCAGAAGUUCAACGCUUUCUCAAAGACACCAAUCUCAGUCCGGAAGAUAGGCCUGAUAUCCUUUCCAGAUUGUUCAAAAUUAAGCUUGAUUCAAUUUGCAAAGAUUUAAAAAAGAAUCAUCUAUUUGGCAAAGCUUCAGCAGUUGUUUACACAAUCGAGUUUCAAAAACGUGGUUUGCCUCAUGCCCAUUUAUGCUUAUUCAUGGAGCCUGAAUCGAAAUUACCUACGGUGGACCAUGUUGAUGGAUUUAUAUGCGCAGAAAUACCUGACAGAAAUCAAGAUCCAGAAUUAUUCAUGCUUGUGAAAGAAUAUAUGAUACACGGUCCAUGUGGUAAUGCUAGGUUGAGUUCUCCAUGUAUGGUUGAUAGGAAGUGUUCAAAAGGCUUUCCCAAAGACUUUCAAGAUCAUACUACACUAGAUUCAAACGGGUUUCCUUUAUACAGAAGGAGAAACAAUGGCGCUUUUGUUGUGAAAAAUAAAAUUGACCUUGAUAACAGAAGUGUUGUACCAUACAACAAAAAAUUAUUGAAAAGGUAUCAAGCUCAUAUAAAUGUUGAAUGGUGCAAUCAGGCCGCUUCGAUAAAGUAUUUGUUUAAAUACAUUAAUAAAGGACCUGACCGAGCGACUAUAGCCGUUGUUCAAAGCGAUAAUCAAUCUGACGAACAAGUACAAGACGAGAUAAAAGAGUAUUACGAUUGUCGAUAUAUAUCAGCUUGCGAAGCAUCUUGGAGGAUAUUUGCCAAUGAAGUGCAUUAUAGACGACCUUCUGUUAUGAGACUUCCGUUCCAUCUACCUGGCCAACAACCUGUUGUUUUCGGUCCUGAUGAGGAUAUUAACUAUGUUCUAAACAAACCAUCUGUUAAAUCUUCAAUGUUUCUCUCAUGGAUGGAACGUAAUAAAGACCCAAAUGACACGUUGGCGCGUACACUUACAUAUGUUCAGUUUCCCAAUUUUUAUGUUUGGAAGCUUGAUAAGCGAGUAUGGGAACCUAGACAAAGGAAAACAGCUAUUGGCAGGAUUCAUUUUGUACCUCCUUCACUUGGUGAAGCUUAUUUUUUGAGAAUUCUUCUUAACAAGGUCAGAGGACCAACAUCGUUUGAUGACAUUAAAACAGUUAAUGGUCAUGUUUACGAUACAUAUAGAGAUGCUUGCUAUGCGCUCGGUCUUUUGGAUGAUGACUCCGAGUAUGUGGAGGCAAUAAAGGAAGCAAGUUUAUCAGGAAGCGCUUCAUAUAUUCGUAAUUUAUUUUGUACCAUGCUGUUAUCCAGUAGUCUUUCUAGACCUGAGGUUGUUUGGGAAAGUUCAUGGAAAUACAUGACAGACGAUUUUUUAUAUAGACUUCAGAAAUACCAUCGAGUUACAGCGUUAUCAAUUCCGGAGCACCAACUGAAAAACUAUGCUUUGUGCGAGAUUGAGAAGUUUUUACUGCGAAAUAAUUCAUCCUUGCGAAGAUUUCAAACAAUGCCAUUUCCAGAUAUGUCGUCUUCAGGCAGUUCUGAUAGUCGUUUGAUAUUCGAGGAGCGGGCGUAUGAUAUAACACACCUUGGAAAUCUCUACGAUAGUCAGUUGACAAUGUUAACUGAUGAAUAA